GUUUGUUAAAGUGUAGUGAGGAGGCCCUGAGCGGCGUCGUUAACUCAUUAUUAUUUCUCCUUAAUGUCUCGUGAUAGCAGGCGCAGGAGGUCCCGGAGUCGGUCCCGAAGUCCAGACCGCAGAAGGUCAAGAUCUCGAGACAGGGAGAGAGAUAGAGACAGAGAUCGGGGUAGAACCCGACGAUCUCGCUCCAGAGACCGUCACAGGUCACGCAGCAGAGAUCGGCGACGGUCUAGAUCCCGGGACAGACGUUCAAGAUCCAGGGACAGGUCCAGGUCACGCGAGAGAGACCGGGACAGGAGGUCAAGGUCCAGAGACAGAGACAGGGACAGGGACAGGAAGAGGAGCAGGAGCAGGUCACGGGACAGGGACAGGAAGAGGAGCAAGAGGAGCAAGUCACACUCUCCUCCCAAGAUCAAGCUUUUAACUCACCCCCCCAAGCCUCAGGAGCCAGUACCUGCUGAACCCAAGGAUGAGGAGGAGACGGGUCUUGAUUUUGAUCCCUCCAAAAUAGACAAGGAAGAGGCAGAAAAACGCCUCGAAGCAGAGAUGCAGAAGAGAAGGGAACGUAUUGAGAAGUGGAGAGCAGAGAAGAAGAAGCGGGAGUUAGAAGCGGCCAAGAAGGAAGCGGAGAAAGGAACCCUGGGAGCCAACGUUCCCAAAGUCUCCAUAAAAGCUUGGAGUCUUGAAGAUGAUGAAGAAGAGGAGGAAGGAGAGAAUAAAGAUGGUGACGGGAAACAGGACGAAGAAGAUGAAGUCGAUCCUCUAGAUGCCUUCAUGUCCGGCAUCCAGGAAGAGGUGCGCAAGAUUAACCGGGUGGACAUUCGGGGAGGUGUGAGAAGAAUGCCGAAGUCACACACAAUAGGAAAUGAAAUUAUAGGAAUGAAGAAGUCGGUUAUUAUCAUGGGUAUGGCCAAGAGGGUUAACGCCAAGAAGAAGGGGGAACUGAUGGAGCAGAAUCAGGAUGCAUUGGAGUACUCGUCAGAGGAAGAAGGAGAGGAUUUGAAGGACACUAUGGCAAGCAUCAACUCUAAAGGGAAAAAGGAGUUAGUGAAAGUCGAUCACACAACUAUCGACUACGUGCCCUUCAGAAAGGACUUCUACGUGGAAGUGCCAGAGAUUGCCAACCUAAGCAAGGAAGAUGUUGACGCAUACAGAGCUGAGCUGGAGGGCAUCAAGGUGAAAGGUCAAGGAUGCCCUAAACCUAUCAAGACCUGGGCCCAGUGUGGAGUGAGUAAGAGGAUCCUGGAUGUACUAAAAAAGAGUAAUUAUGAAAAACCAACACCCAUUCAAGUACAGGCUAUUCCGGCCAUCAUGAAGGGCAGGGAUGUUAUAGGCAUUGCCAAGACGGGAUCGGGGAAGACUCUGGCUUUCCUCCUUCCUAUGUUCCGCCACAUCGUGGACCAGCAGCCCCUGGAAGACACAGAUGGCCCUAUUGCUAUCAUCAUGACCCCCACAAGAGAACUAUGCAUGCAGAUUGGUAAAGAAUGUAAGAAAUUUGCCAAAAACAACCUGAAAGUUUGUUGCGUCUAUGGCGGUACAGGAAUCUCAGAACAGAUAGCUGAACUUAAACGUGGAGCAGAAAUUAUCGUGUGUACUCCGGGCCGGAUGAUCGACAUGCUGGCGGCCAACGGUGGACGCGUCACCAACCUCCGCAGAGUGACUUACGUAGUGCUGGACGAAGCUGAUCGCAUGUUUGACCUGGGAUUUGAGCCUCAGGUAAUGAGAAUAAUUGACAAUAUACAACCCGCCCGUCAGACUGUCAUGUUCUCGGCCACCUUCCCACGCCAGGUAGAAGCUCUGGCCAAGAAGAUCCUCACAAAACCUAUUGAAAUUAUGGUUGGAGGAAGAUCUGUAGUGUGCAAGGAUGUGACACAGGCAGUAGUUAUUCUUGACGAAGACCAGAAGUUCCUCAAGCUGCUUGAGAUCCUUGGUCAGUAUUACGAGCGCGGCCAGAUCAUCAUAUUUGUGGACAAGCAGGAAAAUGCGGACUCAUUAUUUAAGGACCUACUCAGUCACUCAUACAGGGCACUUGUGCUGCAUGGAGGCGUUGACCAGAUAGACAGAGACAGUACAAUCUUGGACUUUAAAGCUGGAAGAGUGCCAAUCCUGGUAGCCACGUCUGUUGCAGCGCGUGGCCUAGACGUCAAGCAACUAAUUCUUGUGGUCAAUUUUGACUGUCCUAAUCAUUAUGAAGAUUAUGUUCAUAGGUGUGGCCGUACUGGUCGUGCAGGUAAUAAGGGUUGGGCAUAUACCUUCCUGACUCAAGACCAACCUCGCUACGGUGGUGAACUCAUCCGUGCUAUGGAACUGUCAGACACUCCCGUCCCUCCAGAUCUUCAGAAAUUCUAUGAUGAAUACAAACACAAAAUGGAGGGAGAAGGCAAGAAGGUGAAAACUGGAGGAGGUUUCCACGGCAAGGGCUACAAGUUCGACGAAUCUGAGGCGAACUUUGCCUCGGAGAAGAAGAAGUUCGAGAAGGCUGCGCUGGGCCUGGCCGACUCUGAUGACGAGGACAUAGAACAGGACAUUGACCAGCAGAUAGAGAGUAUGCUUAACACAAAGAGGACGGUCAAGGAGAUCAAGGUGACUCCCGAGGUGUCGUCAGCCCCUGGAGAUGGCCUGUCUGGGAUUCCCAUGGGCGGUCCUUCUGCCUCCGACAAGCUGGAGUUGGCUCGUAAGUUGGCCCAACGCAUCAAUCUUCAACAUAAUAUCGGCAAGGAGGCCAAGGGCGCCAGUCAACAAGCUGCCGAGUUUAUCCUGAAGGGCGGAGCAGCCAUGCAACCGACCAUAUCAGCCAAGACAGUAGCAGAACAGAUGGCACAAAAACUGAACAACAAGUUAAACUACCAACCAAGAGACGACCAGGAGGAGGAGGAGGAGGCUACGGAGGAAACCCACCACAAGUACGAGGAGGAACUGGAGAUCAACGACUUCCCACAGCAGGCGAGGUGGCGUGUUACUAGUAAGGAAGCCUUGGCCCAAAUUUCUGAAUAUUCUGAGGCUGGAAUCACUGUCAGAGGAACAUUCUGCCCUGCAGGUAAAAAUCCACCAGAGGGGGAACGCAAGCUGUUCUUGGCUAUUGAAUCUACAUCUGAGUUAGCUGUGUCAAAGGCAAAGGCUGAAAUUAUUCGACUUAUAAGAGAAGAACUUGUAAAACUUAGGACGAGUGCUGGUCCUGUUAAGGCCCAGGGCAGAUACAAAGUUCUUUAGUAAGGAAUAUGCCUUUAACAUGUCAGUAAAGUGUAUAUUAUAGCAUAUGAGCAUUUGUAUAGAUGUGAAAACUUACUGUCGGAGUGACAGAAGAGUCUACUUUCUUUUAUCUUGACUAGUAAAUGGUGCACUCUACUCGUACAUCUGUCCCUCACUUUGCAUGAUGUGUUUUGAACAAGACCUUGCAAAGUGAAACCAUUUUUACAGUUAGAGGGGGUUAUGUUUUGAACCCAAUAUUGUCACUUCUGUAUCACAGAUGCAUUACUAAAAUUCAUAUUUAUUAGCCCAGUGAAAAAGUUUACAAAAUAAAACAUAAAUAGUGUUUUCACAAGUACUGUAUGACUCUUAGAACCCACUAUAGCUGUUGGUGUAGGGAGAAGGUGGAGCAUUAGGUGAAGAGUUAUCUGCACCAGACUUCACAGCACUAAUAAGGUGAGGCAGCAGCAUGUCAAGUGGAGAUGAAGGUAGCUCCAGGUGGCGAGCUGGGCUUGAAAGCUCUCGGGACCUAAUAGGGCUAAUACGGUCUGGGGAGGUAGCAGGGGUGGUGGCAUCAAGAGUUGAGAUGAUGAACUUGAAAAAUUUGGUGGCUGUGAACUGCCUGGAUGUACUCUGCUUCUUAUAGAUAGCCAAGGUGCUCAUCAGUUUUAGGUUUGGGUCUUUAUCCAAAGCCACUUAGGCUAGCUGGUCAGCAUGUGUGAAGAACUCUUGAUAGCUUAUUGAUGUUCAGCUCAGCAUUUGAUGGUCUCCUUUCUUGUCUCAGUAGGUGCUUCUACAACUUCACUCUCACCCAAGCAUACCUGAAGAUGAUUCCUCUGUCUUUGAUUCUGAUUCUUUACCCAUACUUAAAACAUCUUUUCCAUCUUCAGGAGUUGGUUCCUCAGUUAACAUUUUCCUCACAGUUAUUAAUGUUGACUAGGCUAAUGUACUUUUCACGUCCUCGUUUCUUCUAAUCCUACUUACACUUGAGUUGUUGACUAUACUGUACUGUAUAGGCAUGGCAUAUGCAAGUAAUGCCAUUAUUUCCUUACAUACAAGUUAAGUUAUUUUUAACUUGGAUUACAGUUUAAAUAUUGAGUUGAUUUCCUGUGCUUGGAGUAUCUUGCUGAAGAGGAGUAUUGGUAGGAUAUUUAGGUUGUCAUAAUGAAAGUGCUGUAAGUAGAAUAUAUGUGAGCAGUUGUGUCGGUGAGUGAGACUAGCUUAUGCUGUAAACAAUGUGGUGGGCAGCAUUUGGUGCAGGCAUGCAUUGUACCUUUGGCACUUGUGUUUCCACUAAUCAGUGUGCCUCCACAACACUUGGCUUGUUAUGUUAAUUGAAUUUAGUGUUAGCCAAUCCACAGACCAUGGUCAUUCAACCUGUUUACUUAGAAAACAUUCCUGUAUAAUGCAAAUUUUUAUGUAGAAGAAUAAAGCAAUGGUGAAAGUAUACAAAGUGAGGGACCUGUGUAUCUAGCAUACAGGUUCAAGUUUAUCAGGUAACAUUAAUACUUGAGGCCCAGUAGAAACAACAGGCCUAAUUUUUAAGAAUUAAUUUCAAAUCCGUUUUACAUACACUUGCUAUUAUGGCUUCACUUGCUGUUGACAUUGGUUGAAGUAAAUACAGGUAUCCCUCGCUAUACAAACGUUAGAGAUACGAAAAUUCACUUUCCUAAUUUCCUAAAUUACCAACACUCGUGUUAUGAGAGCUUCCCCUGCUUAUACAAAUUUUGGUCUCGGCAAAAAUUCAAUUCGCGCUUCCCCGUGAGUCAACUGGGGCAGCUACAUCCCCCUAGCACUCUCGCUACCAGGCUGAAGUAGGAGUUAUUGUAAUUUUUCAACUCGUAAUUUUGGGUAUACGUACAUUAUAAAUAAAAUUAUUUUCAUAUU